CCCUCUUCUAACGCUCGUGAAUCAAUUUCCUCUUUUGUCUGGCGGCUGGGAUGAUGUCUCAUUCAUAUUAUCAAAAAGGGAAACGCCUAUCUGUUGAUAGCAUCUUGGGUUUAUAACGCAGAUCCUCUUGCAGCUGAUUUAAAGCGACUGCGCAGAGCUGGAGAGCCGCAGCAGAGGAGUGUUCACACAGCACCAACCAGCCACCAUGCUCAAGACGAGAACACCACAACUCCCAGUUUCCGCUGUCAAGAGAGGAAUUAUGUCUUCAACGUGAGGCGCUUCUUAUAAAUGCAAACUGCAUGAUCAGCCUGGAAAAUCUAGGACGACUUUCAGCUCUUGGCCUGAAAGGCAGUUGCGUUGCGCUUAGGAUCCAAAAACUAGGCAACCGAGAACACUUGUAUUCUUGUUUUGUUCGGAGAAAACCCCACAUGAUGAAAUUUAAGCCAAAUCAGACAAGGACAUAUGACGGAGAGGGCUUCAAAAAACGAGCAGCCUGUCUGUGUUUCAAGAACGAUCGGGAGGACGAGGUGUUGCUUGUUAGCAGCAGUCGACAUCCAGAUCAGUGGAUCGUUCCAGGAGGAGGGAUGGAGCCGGAAGAGGAACCUGGAGGAGCCGCGGUUCGAGAGGUCUAUGAGGAGGCUGGUGUGAGGGGCACCCUUGGUAGGCUACUGGGGGUGUUUGAGCAGAAUCAGGACAGCAAGCAUCGGACCUACGUGUAUGUGCUUACUGUUACAGAGACACUGGAAGACUGGGAGGACUCGGUCAACAUUGGUCGGAAGCGGAAAUGGUUCAAAAUCGACGAGGCGAUCCAUGUGCUACAAUGCCACAAACCUGUCCACGCGGAGUAUCUCCGCAAACUCACUCCUCGCUGCGGCCCCACGAAUGGCAAUGCUCAGGAGCCAGCGGACACGGACGAUAACGCCCCCCUCCGCCAAACAGCCCCACAUGACUGUGGACUACCCCAUUUUCACAGAUAGAACUGCCACCAGAGGGCAUCGAUGCAAGGGAAACUAUCCUUGGACUGGAAAAGACAGUUUUGCAUGUAUAAUUUCAAUGUUUACUAUUUGAACCUCUUUUUUAAGUGUAGAAAUCAAAGGCU